AUGAAGGAGAGAGGAAAGUCUGUGGAAUCACAGCACGAAAACACCAAUUUCUUCUCAAGUUCCAACUAUUUCUCAUCGUCAUCAGAUCUUCCAUAUUGUGGGGAACAGAGGCUCUCCUCUUGUUCUUGCUCCGAUGUGUCUUCAUACAGGAACUCAUCUUGCACUAUGGGUGUGGGAAGUGUUGGGAGAUUGUCGUUUUUCAUAGAGAAUGAGAAGGGUUGUAAUGGUGACGAGAAGAAAACACUAUUGUCACACAUGAACCAGAUCAGCAUGAUUGAAACAGAGACAGAUGAUGUUGUUUUUCUCAAGAGGAGCAGUAGUUGUGUUGUUGAGGUCAAGAAAAGCAAUAGCUUUUGGAGAAUUGGGAAGAUUUUUAAGAAGAAGAGAGAGAAAGAGAGGUGUAGUGAGAGAAAUAAUAGAGGUGGAUUUGAUCAUGUAAGGGAGGUUUGUGUAAUGGAUGUGUCAAGAUCCAGGUCUCUCAGUAGCUUCAUGGAUGGAAAUUUUGGCCAUGAGGUUGGAAGCAUGGCUUGUUCAACUGCAAAAGUUUCGGACUUUAAUCAAUCUGAGUCACGAAUGAGUGGUUUUAGAGGUGGAUCGAUUGAUUUCGAAAGUGGGUUUUCUGUAAAAGAUUCUGAUUUCAUUAGAAUGGAUGAUGAUGAUGAUGAUGAUGAUGAUUCAGAGUUCAUUGAUUUGAAGAUUGACUUAUCAGAUAAGUCAACUAAAGAUAAAUUUGUUUUCAAGAAGUAUGAUCCACCAGAAUUAACUUGUGGAGAUGGCAUGGGGUCAUCAUCAUGUCGAGUUACAUUGAAUGAGAGAGAGAUCGAGAAGGUGAAGAACAACCACACGAAGGCAUGGAAAGGGAUUUUUAAGCAUCAUUCUGGGAAGAAAGAUCUUAUCACAUCUUAG